UUUGGGACUUUUCGCAGUUGACUUUUUGGCGUCUUAACAUACUUCAAGACUUCGUUUGAUUGAAAGAUGAACUUGUUUUCAACUUUUGUGUGUAUGUGAGCGGUCCACGCCGAGAGCCGACUCUGUUCCGUGUCCAGCCAGAUGUUAAUCCAGGAGCCCAUCAGUAAUCCGUCGGGUAAAUCAUGCUGCUUGUUGAAUAAAGGAGUUGUGUUUGCUCUCAGUGCGCCAUGAAACACAUCGCUUUCCUUCUGACAUCUUUACUUUUGACAGAGUGUUCAAAAGAGCCUGGCGAAUAUGAUCAUUUGAAAUCCUUACUGUCAGAUUUUGAUGUUCUGAAUGUGUCCGGUGUGCAGCAGCACUCGGUGCGUAAGCGAGAUGUCCAGAGCCACACGCAUGCCGAGAGACUGCUCACUUUCACAGCCUUACACAGGCAUUUCAGGCUUUACUUGACAUCCAACACUGACCUGUUCACUGAAGACUUCAGUGCGGUGGUUUUGGAGAAAGACGGCACACAGAGAAACUAUGAAAUUCAUAGAGAGAAUUUCUUUACAGGCCAUGUCAUAGGGGAGGAGAACUCACGUGUACAGGCACAUGUCGAUGACAACGACUUCACUGCUCACAUUCUGACUGAUGAGGCCGAGUACAACAUAGAGCCUCUGUGGAGGCUCACUCAGGGCCAGCCGGAUGGCCGAUUGUUGGUGUAUCGAUCAGAAGACAUCCGGAACGUGAGCCGUCUCGCCGCUCCCAAAGUGUGUGGCUACGUAACGGCUGAGGCCAGUCAGCUUCUGCCUGAGAAUCUGCACACAGCCCCGACAGCAGAGGAAAUAGGAGAAGAGGAAGAGCACCUGAGAGUCAGGAGGCAGGCAGUCGAUCACAGGAAGAACACAUGCCCUCUGUUGCUGGUGGCGGAUUAUCGUUUCUACAGACACAUGGGUCGAAAGGAGGAGAGUACCACCAUCAACUACCUGAUCGAACUGAUAGACCGGGUGGACGACAUCUACAGAAACACAUCUUGGGAUGAAGAGUUUAAAGGCUACGGUGUUCAGAUCCAGCAGAUUAUGAUCAACAAAUUACCCACUAAAGUGGAACCAGGACAAACUCACUACAACAUGAAAGGGAGUCCAGUAAAGAACAAAGAUGUGUGGGAUGUGAAAAGACUUCUGGAGCAAUUUAGCAUUGACAUUGCAGAGAAUGCCUCGAAAGUGUGUUUGGCUCACUUGUUCACCUAUCAAGAUUUCGAUGAGGGCACACUUGGUCUUGCCUAUGUCGCACCUGCUAAAGAUGAGGCUCCUGGAGGAGUUUGUUCCAAGGAGUCAUCUCAGUCAGGAAAUGAUCACCGCACCAUAUACCUCAACACAGGCUUAACCAGCACUAAGAACUAUGGAAAGACCAUUUUAACUAAGGAGGCCGAUUUGGUGACGACCCAUGAGCUUGGACACAAUUUCGGGGCUGUUCAUGACAGAGAUGAUGUGCCAUACUGUGCCCCCAGUGAGGACCAUGGGGGCAAAUACGUCAUGUACCCCAUUGCUGUGAGCGGAGACCAUUCCAAUAACAGGCUGUUUUCCAACUGCAGUAAGAUGUCCAUUGUAAAAAGCCUGAGGCACAAAGGCCCGUCAUGUUUUAAGGAGAGAAACAGUAAGGUGUGUGGGAACUCGCGGGUGGAGGAGGGAGAAGAGUGUGACCCAGGCCUGGUCCACCUCCACACUGACCCCUGCUGUACCUCCGACUGCAUGCUACGACCUAAAAAGCAGUGCAGUGAUAGAAACAGCGCCUGCUGCAAGAACUGUACGUAUGAGAAGGCUGGAAAACCAUGCCAGGAGGCCAUCAAUGCUACCUGUAAGGGCAUGUCCUACUGCACAGGUAACAGCAGUGAAUGUCCUCCUCCAGAGAACCUGGUGGAUAACACUACUUGUGUGGACAGCGGGCAGUGUCUGAACGGAGAGUGUAUACCAUUCUGUGAGGCUGCUCUCAACCUGCUUUCAUGCGCCUGCAAUGAGACCGAUCACUCGUGUAUGGUUUGUUGCCGCAGUAAGAGUGGUGUGUGCUCCCCAUACCAGGAUAAGAGUGGAAACUUUCUGUACCUGAGAAAGGGCAAACCCUGCACUGUGGGUUUCUGUGAUGGAAAGGGCAAAUGCAUGAAGCAGGUGCAGGAUGUAAUUGAGAGGUUGUGGGAUUUCAUUGAAAAGCUGAACAUCAACACAUUCAGGAAAUUCUUGGCUGAUAACAUUGUGGGCUCUGUGGUGGUCUUUUCCCUGCUCUUCUGGAUCCCUCUCAGUAUUCUUGUCCACUGUAUGGACAAGAAGCUUGACCAGCAGUAUGAACUGAACACAAGAUCACUCUUUUACCCCAGUAACGCAGAAUUGCUGAGCAGUCUCGAUUCAGCCUCAGUGCGCAUCUACAAGCCCCACUCCUCCUCGGCUUUCUCGGCCCUCCCACGCUUCCAGAGCAGCACCCCUCCCGCUCCUCUGACUGCAGGCAGCUUAACAUAUCCAGAUUCAGGUAUGUUAACUAACACAGAGCCUCUGCGCAUGGACACCAUCCAGGAAGACCCCAGUUCUGACUCGCGCCUGGAGGAGCAGGUCCUGGAGGAGCAAGUCCUGGAGGAGGACUUCUCUGCUCGCAACAACGCAGCUCGAUCCUUUGCGGACCUGACAGACGCCACAGAAAACGAACUGGAGAGAUCGUUUAAAAUGAAAACACAUGGGCACAGCAUCAGGAAGGAGACAGAGUGCUGAAUGUGUGUGUGUGUGUGUGCGUGUAAACUGUCUUCUGAACAGAAAGUGAGUGAAAAGGACUGAGAGUGACUGCAUGAACUCCAGAGGAGAAGCAGAAUAAGCAAAGCUUGCAUAAGUGAAGUGUGGGCUGGAGCUUAUGUAACUCUGAAUUCAGAAAUACAGAAAGGCUGUUUGGUUUAGGAGCACUUCAAUUCCCUGUAGGGUGAACAAAGUGUGUUGCUUAUGUUUACAUAAUGCUCAAUUUAGCACUGAAGCUGGGGUGAGUAUAGGGUGCAAAUUUAGCUAAAGACUAAUAUAGUGACUUUGCUUUUUGAAUUUCAACUGUACACUUCGUCACUUUCUUAUCUGUGUUUUAACAGUCUGGAAACUUUUUUUUUUUAAAGGAAAAUUAAAGUUAAUGGAGAUGAGUGAACUUAUUACUGCAGAACUAAAUAUUAUGUAAAGGAAAAAAGACAAGCUUUCGAGUACACGCUCAUUGGCCAAUAUAUUAGUAAAAAGCUGUACACCUGCUCACUUGUACAAGUAUCUAUCGUAUCACCAUAGAAAAAUGUGCUCGCUGUGACCGUGAUCAUGUUGUGGUUACAACCAGACAGGUCGGUUUGAGUAUUCCAUAAAGUGCUGGUCUGGUCUCCAGAGUUUACACAGAAUGGUAAGAACAUUGAUUAAGAAGUAGUUCUAUGGGCAGGAAUACUUGUUGAACUUGUUCAAAAAGAUCAAAGGAGAAUGGCCAGACUGGUUGGAGCUGGCAAACAAGCUAAAUUAACACUGAUAACCACUUUUUACAACCAUGGCGAGCAAAAAAGCAUCUUAGAAUCUACAACAUCCUAGGCUCUACAAUCUGUAUCUCACAGCAGAUAAUGAAAUUAACCAGACCAGGCAAAGUUAUCCUUUAGCUGCUCAGUUGGAGUAAGCCUGUGUCCAGUGUAGUUGGAGUGGAAUAUUUGUUAGUUGUGUUCUGUGAAAUUGCCACGAGUUUUGACCUGUUUUGUAUUCUGAGAUGCUGUUCUGCUCACCAUGGUUGUAAAGAGUGGUUACUUGUGUUACUUUAGCCCUUCUGAUCUCACCAACAAGGCAGAACUUAAUGGAUGUACCAGUUUUAGGAUAUCAUCAAUUUCUAGAAAUAUUCAAACCAGCCUACCUGGCAACAACCGCCAUGACAUGUUUAAAGUAACUGAGAAUUCCCCAUUCUGGAGUUCACAGUAAAUAUUAACUGACCUCGUAACCUAUAUUUACAUGAUUUUAUGCAUUGUGUGAAUGCCACAUGAUUGCCUAGUUUGAUGAAGGUUCAGUAAUACUGGAGUUUUUAAUUACGUGGGAUAGUGAGUUUAUAAGUAUUUAAAAAGGGAAUUUUUUAAAAUACACUUACACAUAAAAAAUGGUACAGACAAUCAUAUUGUAAAUCGUUAUGUGCCUUCCUUAUUUUCACUGUUUUUUUUUUGUUUUUUUUUCCAAAAAUUUAAAGGUGGCAUAUUUGCUAACCUUUAGAGGCGGUGGUCACAGGGUCACAGGCUCUAACCCUGCCACCAUCAGGCUCUUGGGCAAAGCCUUAACCAUAUGCCGAUAUAUAAUACCUAGCCAGGGUCUCCUCAGUGCCGAUCCUACCCCUAGAGAAAUGGAUAGUGUAAAAGCUUUUUGCAGAUCAAAUGAUCACAUACGGCUACCUUGAGAAAGGGAAAAAAGCUCAACCAAACAAAAAUAGCAUUUUUUUUUUUUACUGCAAAGUAUCAAAGUCUUUUCAGCCUUCCUCAAUAAUCACACUGGUCUAAGCCAAACCAAUGCGUAUCUGAUCUGCUUUAGUAUUAAGGCUUUAUUGUUUAAGAAGGGAAUGAGGAAAAAUUAUAAUUUAUUUAUAUGCCUGUUAAGCUGCGAGUUUCCAGACGGAUACCUUUUGGAAAAGUGUGCACCAUGUCCAUCAAGGGUUUUAAUCAUGCAGGCUAUUAAACAAUUAAAAUAAGUAGGUCAGGAUGUUUUGAAUUGUAAUGUGUUGUUGAGAAAUUUUAUCAUGUCUGAAUUGAUUACUAAUUGAAGAACUGUACAUUAUAUCACAGGUCUUGGUCACUGUACCUACUGCUACCACAUGGUAACUUUUUAUACCUUUUGUAUGCAAGUUUGCUACUAUAAUAAUGUGCAUCUUUGUGUAUACUGUUACGUUUGAGCUUUACAGCACAUAGUCAUAUACUGCCAAAGAGUGUCCAGUGUUCUUUUGGGAUUGUGUGUGUAUCAGGUUCACAUUAUCAGUGGAUUACUAAGAAGGAUUGGAGGCAUGGAAAACACUUUUAGAUUUUAUUCUGAACAUUAAAAAGUGGCAGGUGUUACAGUUAACUAGAAUGUUAAUUUUAUUUGUUAAUUUACUGUCAGUAAUGUAACGGGUAUUUGGUGACCUAUUUUUACCAGUACUGUACUUCUACAAUUUUUUUUUUUCCCUCCCCAUUUUGAUUACGUAAUUAUUAAUAGUUUAUAUCAUUGCUGUAUUUGUGUGAAGGGUUUGGAUUAAAAAACAACAUACUUUUGUAAUACUGAAAAACAGUAUUUAUGUUGCUGGAAUACAGUAUACAUAAGGGUUAAAAUGUUAAAAUUCACAAUUUAUGGAUUCAUGGUGUGAGGAAGUGCUUAGGAACAGAUUUCAGAUGAAUCUUUCCGAUUCUGAUUUUUUUUUUUAAACCCUACAGUCUGACCACAGGUUUUAAAACUUAAUCACAUUCAUCCAUGUCAGAAAAAAAACAUGCUUAAUGUAUUCAUAUUAAAAUUUUAUGAAAAAGAAACAUUUGGUACUAAUUUUAUAUAUAUAUAUAUA